AAAAAAAAAAAAAAAAAAAAAAAGACUCUAUUUUUAUUUUUAUAAGAUUGUACCUGGUAAUAUGAAUGCUGCUAAAAUGAAAGAAACUUUGAUCAUGACAAUUUAUAUCCUGAAGUGAUAAGGAAAUACUAUAAGGAAAGAGUUUAUCUGCGUAAUACAUUAACUCAAUAGUCAUAUGUAGUUUUGCAAAAGUUCUUUAAAGUAUUACUGCUUAACUUCAUUCUAAACAAGUUUAUCUAUUGUGUAACAUUCUAUUCUUCUAUAAGAUUCUAAUCAGCCAUCCAAAUUUUACACUAAAUAACAUAAAGUAAGUUGAAUGGACUUAUUGUCGGCUGAAAUUGAGUCUACAUGUGUUUAUAACAACAGAGUUUAAGAGAUCUUGUUAACAAGAAUACUUUUUAGACUCUUGAAAGUAACAGUAGCUAUAUGAAUGACUACAAUUCUCGAUUUAUAGCAAGUAGCUACAAUAUAAUUCUGAUUUUAUUCAUAAUGAUAAAACCCUUCAUUCGUCUGUUUCAACAUAUUAAAGGAAUAGGAUUUUCAGAUAAGCUAAAGUUUUAUAUCUUUGUAGCUAUGUAUAAUGUGCUUUUGAAAUAAAAAAUAAAAUAAAAAAAG